AUGACAAAUUCAGGACUAGUUACUCCACAUUCUAGACCAGGAACACCUUCUGGUUUAAUAAAUAGUCCACCACCACAACUAAAUACUUCUACAUCAAUAAAUUCAACUCAUUUACAAUUACCAAUAAAUUCAAACAUAUCAACUCAACCAACUUCAACAACUUCAACUCCAUCAAAUAAACAAAAAGAACAACAACAACAACAACAUGUACCAUCAUAUGAAAAAUCUAUAUAUGAACAAUUAUUUUCCAUUUAUAAAACAUUAUUAGAUUUGAAAAAUAAUAGAAAUAAAUAUAUAAAUUCAAAACAAAUUUAUUCAAUAUAUGAUUUAUUUUUAAAUAUAAUAAAUGAUUUAAAAUUAACAAGAAAAGAUGAAGAAUUAAAAGGUAUAACUUUAAAUUUACCAAAUGGUAAUGAUUUAAUAAUUGAUGAUAUUUUUCAAUUAUUAAGUUUAUGUUUUGUUACUUGUGGAUUAAUUAAAUUUGCACCUGCAACAUAUUCAAGUUUAAGUGCAGUAAUGAAAUUAUUAACUCAUUUAAAAGAAUGUAAAGUUUAUACUAUGGAUGAUUUAAAACCUGUUGGAUCAAGAUUACAAGAAAUUAAAGAUAUUUUAAUAAGUACAAGAGAUAAAUAUGAUAAUGAUGAUGAUGAUGAUGAAGAACAUAAAUUAUCAAAAAAUCAUCAAAUGGAAGAAACUCUUUUGAGAAAUAAAUUAAAUAAAUGUGAAAGUCUUUAUGAUCAAUUAGUUGAUAAUUUUAAAAAUAUUCCUUCAGAUUUAGAACCAAUAUAUCAUGAAUUAAUUAAUAUUAGAGCUAAUCUUUUAAAUUUUGUAACACAAGGUGAUAGUAUAAAUAAUAGUCAAGUAUCAAUUGAUGAUUUAAAUUCCAAAAUAAGUAAAUAUAAGAACCAACUAAAAAAUAUAGAGAAAUUAAGAGAUGAAUCAGAUGGGAAAUUUCAUAGUGAAGAAUUAUUAGAUGAAAAUAAAUUAGAUUCAAUACAAGCAAUAUUAAAUGGAUUAAUUGAUGAUUGUAAUAAUUUAAUUGCAGAUUUACUAAUACAUGAUGAAGAAAUUUCGUUGGAGAAUCUCAAAUUAAGUAAUGAUUAUUCUUCUAAUGUAGUAUCACAAGAAAAUUCAUCAGAUUUAAAAUUACAAUAUGAUUAUAUUUACAAAACUUUACAAAAUUUAAAAACCACUUUGGAUAACUUGUUGUUAACAAGAAGGUGGACAUUAAGAGAAACUGAUUUAUAUACUUAUCAAAAGACAUUAAAAUCAAUAGAUGAACAAAGACUCAAGAUAGUUGAACAAACUCCCAAAGGUACUUUUAAAAAAUAUCAAACCUUAAUUUUAUAUUUAUUAAGAAGAUGUUAUUCAAUAAUUUAUAAAUUAUUAGAAAGUAGUGAACCAGUAAGUGAAAGUUUAACACCAAUACAUAAUCAAUUACAAACAGUUAAAAGAUGUCUUUUAGAAUUGAAAAGAGUUGAUGGUGUAAAUAACUUAAGAGAAUUAUAUCCUUUCCAAUUCAAAUUAGCAUCAAUUGAUAAUUUAAAAAAAGAUGGGAAAUUUAUUAUAGAUAGAAAUGUACCUGAAGGUCAAGGAGCAUUAUGUGCUUUAUUAAGUGAAUGUUUUGAUAUAAUUCAAGAAAUGAAAAUAGAAUUAGAAGAAAAAGAAAUAGAAGAAGAUGAAGAACCUGAAGAAGAAGAAAACACAACAACCAAAAAUUAUAAUGGUUCUGGUAGUCUUGCAUCUCAUAUAGCUCAUGGUGGAAGUUUCACAAAUUCAAAAGAUGUAACAGAUGGUUCAAGUGGAAUUGAAGAUGAUGUUGAAAUAAAAAGGAAUAGAUUUCAAGAAUUUAAUGAAGCUGAUUAUGAUUUGGAAAGUGAAUCUGCUUUUGAUGAUGAUGAUGAUGAUGAUGAUUUAAGUAUUAGUGAAAGUGAAUAUGAAGGUAAUGAUUAUUAUUAA